AUGAUUGAUGGCCUGGAGGAUAGUUCUGGGAUAUGGCAACAAACAUCGGCGGUCAUGAGAGGUUCAGUUUUACAGAGUGCAUUGACAGAUGUGAAACUAUGUGUGAUGGACCGAAUGAAUCAACAAUUGCUACGCCCUUUUACUGAAAGCAAUAUUGCGACUGCAUUGAAACAGAUUCACCCGAAUAAGACGUCGGGCCUGGAUGGUCUUUCUAGAUCCUUUUAUAGAUAUUACUUGCACAUUGUAGGGCAUGAUGUGGUUAAUGCCAACAAGGUGGGCCGGGUACAACCGAACCGGGGGCUUCGUCAAGGUGACCCUCUGUCUCCCUAUCUUAGUUUACUUUGCGCUAAGGGUCUUUCAAGUUUAUUGAUAGGGGCCAAAGAGCAGCGUUUACUUUCGGGUAUGAAAUUAUCUCGCCAGGGACCGCCUAUUUCCCACCUGUUUUUUGCUGAUGAUAGCCUGCUUUUCUUUAAGGCCACGCCGGCCAAGGGCAGAGUGAUUAAGGAUAUUCUGGGUCUUUACGAAAAAGCUUCCAGCCAAACAAUUAAUUUGGAUAAGUCCGUGCUUUCCAUUAGUAAGGGUACGCCGCCUGAUGUACAGGUCAGACUUUGUGCUUUAUUGGAGGUGCGACACGAGGAAUAUCAUUCACGUUACCUGGUCUACCAACCUUUAUGUCGUGCAAUCGGCGGGGACAUCUUCCCUUUUUCAAGGACCGCAUGUGGAAUCAUCUCCAAGGUUGGAAAGGAAAGCUCUUUUCAGUGGGUGGAAAAGAGAUUUCUAAGGAAUUUAGUUCAUAAGAUGCAUAUGGUAAUGGCUCGAUUUUGGUGGGGGGAUGGGGAUGCAGAUCACAAGAUCCAUUGGGUGAGUUGGAAACGCAUGUGUUUACGGAAGUGUAUGGGUGGUUUGGGCUUCCGCGAUUUGGAAUUCUUUAACCAGGCCUUACUUGCUAAACAGGGGUGGCAAAUUUUCUCUGAUCCUUCAUCUCUUCUUGCUUGGGUGUUGAAAUUUAAGUAUUUUAAAAAUUGUGAUUUUAUAGAGGCAUCUGUUGGCUCUCGUGCUUCUUUUAUUUGGCGAAGCCUUUUGUGGGGGUGUGACCUUCUACGGAUUGGUCUCCGAUGGCGGGUGGGUAAUGGGGCUAAUAUCAGAAUUUAUGAAGAUAAUUGGAUUCCUCGUGACGGGAUACUUUCGGUUCAAUCAAGACCUUCGCUUCCUAAGGAUAGUCUAGUCCGUGAUCCUUGGACCCCUUCCGGUCAAUGGGAUGAGGAUAAAUUAAGAUUGCACUUUUCAAAAGGGAGGCCAUCUUGA